GUCGUCGCUGCUAGCCUCGUAUCGCUUCUAAUUCGCGUUGCUAUGACAGUCCACCUUCGUGUUGCAGCGAGUGAAUGCUCCGAGUCGUAGUGAGACUGAAGUUAUUACAGAGCGCCGAACUCGCUGAGCCCGACUGAUGUGCGUACUCAUGUUACGGCGCGGUUCACCGAUGCGAGCAGGUCGGCCGAAGGGAUCGACCUCGUUUAGGUCGUCACAAGCUCGCCGGAAAACUUUCAGAGUGCAUUCAGCAAUUCUCAUCUCAACCAGGUCGACCAGUCGCGGUCUACUUGGGUGUGCUGAUCGUCAACGGGUCUUCUCGCGAGCACGCGUCGUGGGUGCCUCGUGUAAAUGGCGGGUGAUGUGAUGGCAAUGUUGUUGACGUGACGCGUGUCUUCUUGUUUCGUGUCGCUCACACGACUGACAAUUCGCGCUGUCAGUUUUCGCAACACAAGAAGCGUUCGCGCUAAAGUCGAUUUUUCAUAUACACCAAUAUAUACAAAAGCCACACAUCACCUUCUCUUUGAGUUUCUGAGUUCGCACGAUGAGCGCGUUUUAUUGAACUCUGCAAGAGAGUAGGGAGAUGAUCUUGAGAGCAGCUCCAUGAGUGUCGGUUGAUUCGAGUGUGACUUGUGCGCGCUUUAAGAGCGAGCCGGGACGUUGGGGACUCACUCUGGGACGAAGGACGGGGAACUCGCUUCGAAACGAAUUCGUGACCGACUGUUUUUUAAAUCGCCGUGAGUGCCAAAGCGUUAUCGCGGCGGCGGUGACGAAACGAACAAUGUGCGCGACUUGACGCCGUCUCUAUGCACCGGCCAGUAACGCGCCGAUUGCACGCGCCGUUGCUUCGUCGUACGGUGCUGUGAAAAAAUCGCGGUGAUAAAUAACAUUAUAUACACAAAUAUAUAUAUUUAUUUAUAUAAUAUAUACGUAUAUAUAUAUAUGCUACAAGGUGCAAGAAAUCGCAGACUGUUCGCGAUUGCGUCGCGUACGGCCGCGUCGAGCACGUUUGAACAAUCGAGAAACGAGAUAUCGUAUGUUAUCUCUUUCUCACAUUCGGUUUGGGGCGUUUAGCGAAUAAAGAAGAUGUUUAACUUUAUGAAGAAGACCGUGGAGAAGGACGACAAGGAGAAGCGGAAGCGCGAGAAGAAGGAGCGGAAGGAUGUCAAGAAACGCGAUCGCAGCAGCAUGUCCGCAGAGGAACUCCUGCGAUUAGACGAGAUUCAGUAUUGUCACUGGUUGGAUGUGGUUUCGCGCGAUAAGAAGCGCCGAUUGCAUAUGUCGUCGUUAUAUGUUCUCGAAAUAAGAAUUGCGAAAUUAUUCUACACGCGCGAUAUGGGCAACACGAUGGUAGAAUCGCAUCGUUCGAAAACUAAAAGAAAACUAUUAGGAAAGAUUUUUGUUCGUAGAUCACUGAAAAUUCCCGGUCGCCGGAAGGAGAAAGAAAAGUUACCGAGCGGCAUCACCGCGGAUUACAGCGCGUCGUUUUUCGCCCACUUGGACCGCGAUCUUCUGGACGGCGCUCAAAACACAGGAUCGGGUCCGGGCUCGACGAUCAGCGCUAGCACGAGCAGCUGGACCACCAGAACACCCGAUGGAUUGACCCAGAGCGAUUCGUCGGAGGCGUCCCUCACAUCUCUGACCACGACAACGACUAUGUCAUCGACGACAACGACGAGCUACGCUGGCGGACACUCUACGGGUAAAAAUUUGCCGCCGUUGCCACCGAAACCUCCGAAGCGAGGAAUCUUGAAAGGACCCCGAUUGACCGUCAAUAGCGGGUCUGUGAGCGUUCUCUCGGAAGAAAGCUCUUUGCCAAACGGCACAGAAACCAGUUACCAGGAAGCUAGUAAUAAUCUGCUGGUGAGAAACACUCUUCAGAACGAAGUAAUCGCUUAUCAGAACGUGCCGACGCAUCUGAACAACGUCUUGAACAAAGACGAGGUCUUCAGCGAGGAGGAAACAGUGUGUCAGACCACGUGGCGCGUUACCCCGCAACAACAGACGGUCAUUCAGCAACAAUAUCAACAGCAACAACAACAACAACAUCAUCAGAUUGACGCUAAAUUGCUGCAGGUCGUUACCAGUGCUAGUCCAUCCGCGGAUUCCUUGACAGACACAACAAACUCGAGUUUUGCGACGCCGCCGUUCAGUCUGUCGCCCGUCGGCGAGUCUCAGGGCUUCUCGAGGUGGCGGUCUUCCGUCUCCUUCGAGGAGCAAGGAAUCGAGCUGCAGCUCCCGGAGAUCGUGCCGCUCGAGCUACCCGAACCUCGGGAACUCACCAUCCAGAGGCAACCACCACCUAGAAACGACUUCGGGUUUUCGCUUCGUCGUGCCGUAAUCGUAGAACGAAUGGCGAACGGUGUCACGCAAAUGAGACCGGUGAUUUUCGCCGAGCCUGGUGCUUUGGUGCAGCACAACAACGACACGGGUCUAUUGCCUGGUGAUAGGCUCAUCGAAGUCAACGGUAUCAAUGUGGACGACAAAUCGCGCGAGGAAAUCAUCGAUCUCAUCAAAAGCUCUUGUAGCAGCGUCACCGUAAAGGUGCAACCGGUUGCCGAGCUGUCAGAAUUAUCGAGGCGCGGUGGUUGUGACGGGCGUCACGUCGAAUUGGCACCUGCGAAUAUUCGAAGCGGCACGCUUCGCCGAUCCGGUAGUUUGCGGUUUCAUCAAAAUACAGCGCGGUCAGAAGAACAUUUGGCGCAGGAACAGGCAUGGUUAACUUCCGAAAAGAUCUGGUUGUUGCAUCGCGGAGGCUUUACUCCCGCCACAAGAUGCGGUUCCGCCGAUCCCGACACAGGAAAGUUAAGAAUUCGAUUGACCACUUCCGGAGAGGAAUUGCUUGUGGACGAGGAGGACGUCGAGAAGGCCAAUCCACCUCAAUUCGAUAAAGCCGAGGAACUCUCUCAGCUACGGUUUCUGAAUGAAUCGUCUGUUCUUCAUACAUUAAGACAACGUUACGCCAGCAAUUUGAUACAUACAUAUGCAGGAGACAGCAUGAUCGUUAUCAAUCCAGUUGCACCGUUAGCGAUUUAUUCCGAAAAGGUUGCGCACAUGUUUCGAGGUUGCAAGAGCGAGGAUAUGCCGCCGCAUAUAUACGCCAUAGCGCAGUCGGCUUAUAGAGGAAUGCUGGCAACGCGCAGAGACCAUUCUCUGGUUUUCCUCGGGCGAAGCGGAGCGGGGAAAACUACGAACUUCAAACACGCUCUUCAUUAUCUCGUGCUGGCCGCUGGCACAGUUAACAAGAUACUGACAAUUGAAAAGCUGAACGCGCUUUUUACGGUUCUCGAAGCGUUCGGAAACAGUAGAACGCACAUGAACUCGAAUGCGACACGUUUCACGCAGCUCUUCAGCCUUGACUUUGACCAGUCGGGUCAAAUUGCAUCGGCCUCUCUGCAAGUGCUACUUUUGGAAAAAUCGAGAAUAGGUCGACGAGCAAACGGGGAUCCAACGUUUCAUGCCGUUUACCGUCUGUUGGCGGGUGCGGAGGGUGCACUGAGGAAAGAGUUACACCUCACGAAUCUAGUCGCUGAAAACAAUCCUUUUAUCACGCCUCUGCAGAAGCAUGAAGACAAGCAGCGAGCCAUGGUCGAAUUUAAUCGUAUCGUCGCUGCGUUUAGAAUACUCGGCAUCUCCGAGGCCGACGAAAAAGUUAUUUGGCUGGUGCUGGCCGGUAUUUAUCACUUGAGCUGUGCUGGUGCGGUGAAAGCUGGCACCAGUUCGCAAAGCAGGUGGCAGUUUGCAAGAGUCGAAUGCGCAGAAAAAGCCGCCAACUUGCUGGGCACCAGCGUUGAGGAACUAAGCAGAGUGGUAUUCUCCUCAAACGGAGGUGGUGCUGGAACACCGAGUACUCCAAGACCUGCUCUGAGAACACCCAGCCCUACGGAUCAGAGCAAGGACGUCACGGGACUUGACGCGUUGGAAGGACUACUGGUUGGACUCUAUUCUGAGGUCUUCCAUUGCAUCGCGGCUCUUAUCAACAAAUCCAUAUCAUCCGCUGUACAUACGGUUUCAUCUCUGCUGCUGUGUGAUUCGCCAGGUUUUCAAAAUCCUGCCUCCUGUGGCAGGCAAACCGGUGCUACCUUUGAAGAUCUUUGUCACAAUUAUCUACAAGAACGCUUGCAGUUACUGUUUCAUCACACUACAUUAGUAGCCCCAAAAGAUAGGUAUGUUCAAGAAGGCAUUGAUGUAGAUUACGAGGAUGAUUACGAUGAAGAUGGCAUCGGUUCGCCUCAAGGUUUGGUUUCUCUUUUGGAUCGCGGAAGCUCGCAAAGCGCGACGAUGUUGCGAACUAGUCAAAGCGAUCUUAGCAGUAGUAGACAAAUGGAACGAAAAGGAUUACUGUGGCUAUUGGACGAGGAAACUGUGUGUCCUGGAGGUAGCGACGAGACCUUCCUGGAUCGCUUAUUUUCUUAUUAUGGAGAUCGAGAUCACCAAAUGCUUCUGCGAAAAGCGCCAGGUAAUAAUCAAUUUGUUCUGCAACACUUGCUGGGAACAAAUCCCGUCCUUUACACUGCAACUGGUUGGCUUAAAGCCACACGCGAAAAUCCUGUUGCCAAGAAUGCCAUCACGAUACUUCAAGAAAGUACAAGGGAACAUAUGAGCAUGCUGUUCGUAAGUGCUCGAGGUGCUGGAGUUUCCGGUGCUCUUUGCAGUUCCAUGCUGGGGCUCGAGGGCUCGCAAUCUCUAAGACGUGCUUCCAGUAUUCGAAGAACAUUCACAGCUGUUAAAAGGAAGAAUGUUUGUCUACAAGUGAAAUUUACUGUGGACGGUCUCGUUGAAACACUGCGAAGAACUCGCGUGAAAUUUGUGCACUGCCUCUUGCCUCAACACAACGCUGGUUGCACCGACAAUAAGAGUCUCCUCUCGGUCAAGUCAAAUCAAAGCGAAGACAGUGUCAUUAAUGUGCCUCUUCUGCGAUCACAGAUUCGCGGAAGUCAAAUAAUAGACGCUGUUCGCUUACACAAAGUUGGAUUCCCGAAGCACAUGGCCUUAGGUGAAUUCAGACGUCGAUUCAGAUUGCUGUCGAGCGACGUAAACGCUCGUCCCGGAAGUCCCGUGACCGACGAACGUCGCGCUGUCGAGGACAUGCUGCUCACCGUCGAUAUCGACCCAGCGUCCUAUCGAGUCGGCCAGAGUCAGAUAUUUUUCAGAUCUGGCACUCUCGAACGAUUGGAAGCUCAGAGGGACGAAAAACUCACAGGACACAUCAUUCUGCUACAGGCGAGAUGCAGAGGCUAUCUAGCGCGUCGCAAACUCAACACCUUAAAAUUGCAAGAUCUUGCAGUGCGAUGCAUCCAGAGGAACGUGAGGAAGCUGAUGUCGGUGCGAGAAUGGCCUUGGUGGAGAUUGUACGUGAAAGUCGCGCCCUUGUUGAACGUUCAUCGAACCGAAGAUCAGUUGAAAGCGCGAACGGAAGAGCUCGAACUUCUCAGGGCAAAAGUUGAACGUCUGGAGCAGGAACGCAAUCAUCUCAAGCAUGACAAUGACAGACUAGAGGCGAAGCUGAGCGAGAUGACCGCAGACUUCGCCGAGGAACAUUCUACGUCUACACUGGCUGCGGAGAGAAUCGACGCCGAGACUUCGGAGCGUCUGCGGCUGGAGCGAGAGUUGCAGGAUGUAACCGAGGCUAAUAAGAAUCUUCAGCAGACGACCGAACGGCUGGAGAUGGAACUGCUUUACGCGAGGGCUGCCGAUUUGAACGGAGUCGCCUCUGACGGCGAGGAAGGCGAGGACAGCAGCGGUGUUUAUAAGCAAAGGUACGAGCACGCGAUACGAGAACUCGAAUUCACAAAGAGGAAAAUGGCACAGCAACACGAGGACGAUCUGGAGCAACUGGUGGGGUUGAAGAAGCAGUUAGAGAAAAAGUUGGCCGAUGCUUAUGAGGAGGUGGAGGAGCAGCGACAAGUCGUCGGACAGUGGAAGCGACGAGUUCAGAAACUUAACGGUGAGAUGCACGAUCUAAGAUUGCUGUUAGAAGAGCAGACGGCCAGAAACAACCUCCUCGAGAAGAAACAGCGCAAAUUUGAUUCGGAAACUCAGAAUUUGAUGAAUGAUCUCCGACAGGAGAAAGCACAACGUGAAAGAUUAGCGAGAGAAAAGGAAAUAGCUAUUGCGGAAAAAUUCACAAUAGAACAAAAUCUAAGUGAUGCAAGAUUAGAAAUCGAACUAAAAGAGGAAAGGCUUCGCACGUUAACUCAAGAAUUAGAAGAGCUUACUUUUGGCGGCAAAACGGAGGAAGAAGUUGCGCAACUGAAGAAAGCGAAGCACGAGCUGGAAAAACGUACAAAGGAUCAGGAAGAGGAAUUGGAUGACCUGGCCGGUCAAGUGCAAUUGCUUGAACAGGCAAAACUCAGACUUGAAAUGAGCAUCGAACAACAACGAAAGGAAAUGCGCAAAGAAAUGCAGCAGCGCGACGAGGAAUUAGAAGACGUUCGCGGCAACGCGCAUAAAAAGGUCAAAGCUCUCGAGUCGCAGUUAGAGAACGAGCAUGAGGAAAGAACGAUUCUUUUGAGAGAAAAGCACGAACUAGAACGUCGUUUAGUGACUCUGGAAGAACAAGACCGAGCCGAUCGCGCGGCAGAAGCUGAAACCAUGCAGAGGCUGAAGAGAGAUCUGAAGAGAACAAAAGCAUUACUCAGAGACGCACAGACAAUGCUUGAGAGAUCUAAAGGCGACUCGACAGGCAAAGUUGCGCUGCGUCAAUUGAAGAAUCAAUUAGAAGACGCAGAAUGCGCCCGAGCAGCGGCGAUUAAAGCGAAACAGGCAUUGGAACAAGAAUUAAACGAGACGCAAGCGACUUUGGAAGAAGCCAUGCGACAGCGUUCCGAAGCGGAAGAAAAAGCUAAUGCAGCCAAUCGUGAACGCACGGAACUGCUCUCUCAAUUAGAGGAGAAUGAAGAGGAGCUUUCCGAGGUUUUAAAGAAAUAUCGGACUGCGGUGCAACAAGUGUCCGCGGAACAAGGUCAGUUACAAGAGGCGCAGGUGCAAAUUGCCGCACUUGAAGCAGAGAAAUCGUCACUGAAAGAUCAACUGGCGGAAUUGACACAACGAUUAGAAUCAGUGGAGCAACUUGGUGAUCCUACGGCAAACAGUCUCGCCACAAGACGUCUAGAAUUCCGAGCUAAAGAGCUCGAAAGCAAGCUCGAACUGGAGCAGACCACGAGAGCUCGUUUGGAGACUCAAAUAGCACGAUUGAAGGAGAACGUCGAGAAGUUGCAGACCGAGUCGGCCUUACUCAGAACUAAGGAGCAAACUGCUCAGGAUACGGCGAGAAGAUUGCAACGAUCUUUGCGUGACGCUCGCGACGAAGCUAGCGCGGCGAUAUCGCGCGAGCAGGAAGCACUGCGCGCACGUCGUGACAUAGAAAAGUCUUUGGAAGCGGCCGAGGCCGAAACCAAAGUGGCCAGAGACGAUCUCAGACUGGCGCUUCAGAGGAUCGAUGACUUGCAGAGCGCGAUUCAAGGCGAGCUCGAUUUGGACUGCAGCGAGGAAGCCACUAGCGAAAAUAGUGACAGUGAUUGAUCCGAGCCAUCAUCGGACCUAGAGUCCGAUCAAAACGACAAGGACACACCCGAAGAAUCAACGGAUCACAUUGUGGACGAACUCUCGCGUACUGACUCAUCGAACAGAACGUGAACGCUGCAAUCUCGCCCGUAUUUAAGAUACAAUAGAACAUGAAAGUGACAAAACAAUAGGAUAAUUCGUAAUCCAGAGAGACGAAAGACUGGCAAGGAUUACAGGACUGAAAAACAGGCUCGCGAUACAUGAAUAGAUCUUGUGUUACUUGAAUGUUAUUCGAAAAACGUACGCUGGCGCUUUUUCUUUCACUUGUCGCAGGACAUGAACUUCCGAAGGUGAUUGAAGCUAGCGCGAAAGAGGUAGCUAGUUGAAGUCAAAAUCAAACUUAUAGAGCGAAGUUGGAGCUGUGCGGUGUAGAGCUAAGCUGUUCAAGUGUGUUACACUUUUGGCGAGCGAUGAUAAACUGUUUUUUUUUAGGUGCUAACCACAUAUAAUUCCCGACGAAAUCUCGAUGUCGUGGCUGGAUUUGCACUUAGUCGUGCAUAAUCGCGGUGCUAUUAUUAUAUCUCGUCCGUUUUUUACACGAAACAAACCGUCGAUGAAACAACGACGCAGUCCUUUUCCAGUCUUCCACAGUAAUUCGAUCCUCUUCUUCGCGAAUGCGGAUGUUGAAACGGGAAUUGCGUGCAUUGCUGCCGAACAAAAGAAAAUAAAAAUAUAUAUAUACAUAUAUACAUAUAUAUAUAUAUAUAUAUAUAUAUAUAUAUAUAUAUGUCCAGUCAAACGGCAACUUGUAUAUUAAGCAUUUAAAAAAUAAAUAAACGAAUACAUAGGAAAAUUUUAUUCCGACCUUUAUCUAUCGACGCGUCAUGAGAUUUCGAUUUUUGAAAGACGUUUAUAUACUUUUGUUCGACAGCGUACCUUUAUAUAAUCCCGCGCCUAUAUAUUUUCUCAUGCGGAAUUUAACGUGAGAACUCGUCUUCUACGUAGAAAUAAACAAACACACACACACGUACACUUAUACACACACACGCAUAUAUAUACAUACACAAAGCGUUUUUUUAAUCCCUGCGAGAUUUUUGCUGCCUUGAGGCUCAAUUUAUGUAUUUCGCAUUUGUAUAAGAAGGAAGGAAAGAAAAGGAGAAUGUAGGACGUAGGAACAAUGAGAAAUAUGUGCCACGACUCGACUAGGGACUUUUGGUGUUGUGUAAGGAAACUCUCGUGUAACUUAUUGCUUUGUAAAAUGCAAAUCUCCUAUUUAAUUA